AUGUACCCGCCGGAAAACUUCUCGCUGGUGCUCACUGAUAUUUAUCGCUCGUCGUUUCCCAAGGCGUCCAAUUUCGGGUUUCUUGCGACGCUAAAGCUCAAGUCGAUUGUAUGCCUCAUUUCUGAACCAUAUCCUGACGAAAACCUCGCCUUUCUUGAGCAGCAGAAUGUACAAUUGUUCCAAUACGGUAUGCCGGGGAACAAGGAGCCGUUUGUGAAGAUCCCCGAAACGUCCAUCACGCAGGCGAUCAAGACGAUUUUGGACCCUGCCAAUCAGCCGGUGUUGAUUCACUGCAACAGAGGCAAACACCGAACUGGGUGUGUGGUGGGGUGCAUUCGCAAGCUCCAAAACUGGAACUUGACCAUGAUUUUCGACGAAUACCGCAAGUUUGCCGCUCCGAAGCAGCGCGCUUUGGACCAGCAGUUCAUCGAAUUGUUCAAUGAGGACGAUUGCUGGUGCUAUGCCAAUGACAUGGAUCUUUUGCCUCUCAAAUGGUGA